AUGUCCUUGGAAGUUGUUUGCAGUGGCGAGGUGGAAAAAGUCGUCACAUCGGGCGAUGCAGUCCAAGCCACGCACGAUACGGUAAGUUUGUAUCAAUUCUCGAGCAAAUUCCUAUAACUAAGAGGAUAGACAUUAAGUUUAUGAAAGUGAGUCUCGUAAGACAAUGUACUUUGACCUCUUACCCAUUUUGUGGCUUGCCUUUGCACCCUUUCGAGUGAAUUGCACUCCUGCUGCGUCCAUGGUUUCCAAGCCUGGAUUGCAUAUUUAAGCUGUGACUUUGCAAAUGUACCAAAGAGUAUAGUGAGGUAUUCUUCAUCGAAGACUGUGAACGCUCGUCUAAUGGUGUACAUAAUUGAAGUUGCGGUUUUAGCUGCCUUACGACAUGACGUAGAAGGUCGUAGAAUGUCUGCAACGCAAUUUCCGUGAUCUUUCUGAGUUUCUCUUUCUAGGAGCGGCAUACCGUUUAGAUAAUAUUGUCGCGUCUUACGGAUCUGGUUUCGAUUCCCCUGACUCAGUAUAAUGCAUUUGUUCAAAUUAAAGGCCAGGAGCCAUCUGCGGGACAACUCGUCCAUUCGACAAAGAUUUUCUUAAAAGUCGGUCUCGUCGGCAGCAACGCGGAUGACUUUCAAGAUUUAUACAUCAUCUACGAACACGGCACAAUCCCAGUCCAACCCCUAUACACAAUCAUUAAUAAACAAAAGAAAGAGGGUCGAUCCGAGCACUGAACCUUGUGGGAAUCCACUCUCUAUCACUGUGUCCCUUGAUUGCUAUUGCUCCAAGCAGACCAUUCGGGAGCGGCCGACGUGGCAGUUCUCGACCAAUUUAAGAAACCUGCGGCUGAUACCCAUCACUUUCAACUUGCAGGGGAGACGCUAGCGCGGAACACUGUCAAACGCCUUCGGGAAAUCGACUUACGCUGUAUGCACGGUGUGUUUUGCAUCCAUUGCUCUUGUCCAACUUUGAAUUGUGUAUAGCAAGUGCGUUACACACGACCUUUCCCUACGAAAGCCGUAUUGCACAUUGUACAAAGGUUAUAGUUUCCAAAUAAGCCAUCACCUUCCUUUUGAUCUCAGUGACUAUGUAGCAGAUGGAUGUCAGACUGACGGGUCUGUAGUUCGUCGCAAGAGCGCGAUUACCGCAUUUGUAAAGGGGUGUAUGCGAAUUGAUUUGCGCAAAAAUGCCCACGAUGGACCUGCAGGCAUUGUGUGACUGGUUCUCCAGCAGCCGCGACUACUCCACUACCUGCUCUCAUGCUAAACCUGUGGUCUAAGAUCCAAGUAGAUCGGAGGCAAAUGGGUGAAUGAAUAGUAAGUGGUAUUUAUGCAGACGCCACCAGGUAAGUUCUUCCUCAGGAAAGUGCAUUUGCUCUGUUUCUUCCUUUGUCUGUUGAAGUUCCGUGUCGUAUGCUGCUCUUGCUGCCUGCCCUCUGUAUGCUAGUCUGUCUGUUAAUAGCUAGACGAAACCCUCACUGCCUUCUGCGACUGUCUGUCUGUCAGUCUAUGCCUCUCUGCUAAUAGCUAGGUGUUACGGUGCUUGACUUUGAGUGGUGCCCUCAUUUGUCUCUGACUGAUGAAUGUGUUCGCUUGUCCACCCUAGCUAGCUGUAAGUCCCAUAGCGUUGGGUUGUGUGUAUGCUCUCUCCUACUUCACUCCCUCACAUCACCAUCACCACCAAGGUCCCAGGCUAAUUCGGGUCGUUCUCUCACUAACAAAAAGUCGUGGCCCAUAGUGGAGUCCGGCAGCCGUCUGGGAUAACCGGGCAGCCCUAUUCAGGGAUGCGUUGCCUGCCCUCGCGAGGGGGAGGGGGCUAGAAAAGGUGCCCCAAAGAUCGCUGGGAACCACACUGUCUGUAGGCUGGCCGUGGCCGCAGACAAAAAACACACGGUCGGAACAGCCAAAACCGAAACAACAACAACAACAACAACAACAACAACAACAACAACAACAACAACAACAACAACAAUCACCCUCUUCCUCUUCCAGCCUAUUCUUCUUCUCCUACUCCUACUUUUCGCCGCCGCAGUCGCCAGACUGGCAGGGUGAGCCCGCUCACGCUGGUAGCCUGGAAUGUUCGUUCCCUUUUAGACAAUCCGAGGAGAAACCGACCGGAACGGAGGACGGCGCUAGUGGCACGAGAACUGGCGCGCUACAAGGUGGACAUCGCCACACUCAGCGAGACCCGUUUCUCCGAACAAGGCCAACUGAAGGACGUAGGUGCCGGCUACACCUUCUUCUGGAGCGGUCGACCCAGGGCAGAGCGACGGGACGCGGGUGUCGCCUUCGCCAUUCGGAACGACAUCGUGGGACGACUGCCCUGUUUGCCGCAGGGCAUCAACGAUCGCCUGAUGAGCCUCCGCCUGCCUCUCUGGGGAGGCAAAUUCGCCACUAUCAUCAGCGCCUACGCUCCGACGAUGACCAACCCCGACGCUGUCAGAGACAAAUUCUACGAGGACCUGCACGCCUUCUUGGAGUCUGUGUCGAAGGCGGACAAGUUGACUGUCCUUGGUAACUUCAACGCCCGCGUCGGCACAGACCAUACUGCCUGGAGAGGAGUGCUGGGUCCUCACGGUCUCCGCGGCUCAAACGACAAUGGUCUGCUGCUUCUCCGCACCUGCGCAGAGCACCGCCUCAUUCUGACGAACACGUUCUUCUGUCUGCCGGAGCGAGAGAAGGCCACCUGGAGGCAUCCUCGGUCGCGCCAGUGGCACCUGCUGGACAAUGUCCUCGUCCGGAGGCGAGAUCAGCGGGACGUGCUGGUGACGAAGGCGAUUGCGGGCGCUGACGGGUGGACUGACCAUCGCCUCGUCAUCUCGAAGAUGCGUAUUCGCCUACAGCCUCGCAGGAGACCACAAGGUAAGCGACCCCCAGGUAAGCUGAAUGUUGCCUUGUUGUCUUUGCCCGCUCACCAUCUUCAUUUCAGCAAUGAGCUAGCUCAACGGCUAGACAACCUUCCUAUCGCUGCCGCCGUUGCCGAAAACGCCUCCGUGGAGAACCGCUGGUGUCAACUGCGAGACACGGUCCAGUCGACGGCGCUCGCCAUCCUCGGUCGCGCUCCCCGCCAACACCAGGACUGGUUCGACGAAAACGACGCCGCCAUCAGAAAUCUGCUUGCUGAGAAGAACCGCCUACACAAAGCCUACGUUGAUCACCCAACUGUUGCCAACAAAGUUGCCUUCUACCGCAGUCGCCGCCAACUUCAGCAACGACUGCGUGAGAUGCAGGACGCCUGGACUUCUCGCAAAGCUGAGGAGAUCCAACGGUACGCGGACCGCAACGAAUGGAAGAACUUCUUCUCCGCUAUCAAAGCAGUCUACGGUCCGCCGACGAAGGGCACUGCUCCUCUCCUCAGCGCCGACGGCAACACUCUCCUGACUGAGAAGAUGCAAAUUCUGCAGCGAUGGGCCGAGCAUUUCCGAGGCGUCCUCAACCGCCCCUCCGUCAUCUCCGACGCCGCCAUCGAGCGUUUGCCGCAAGUGGAGACCAACGUGGACCUCGACCUCCCGCCAUCUCUCCAGGAAACCAUCAGGGCCGUGCAGCAGCUCUCCAGCGGGAAAGCACCCGGAUCGGACGCAAACCCUGCUGAGGUCUACAAGCACGGAGGUCCCCAAUUGAUGGAUCAUCUGACUGCGCUCUUUCAGGAGAUGUAGCGUCACGGCGAAGUCCCGCAAGAUUUCAAAGACGCAACCAUCGUGCAUCUCUAAAAGCGCAAAGGAAAUCACCAAGUCUGCGACAAUCACCGCGGCAUCUCCCUGCUGAACAACGCCGGGAAGAUCUUCGCACGAAUCCUCCUCAACCGCCUGGAACAGGGCCUCCAAAGCACAGUUUGGAAUCGCCACGGUCUUCAGCUGAGCACGAAGCUGAAGAUGUUCAAGGCCGUCAUCCUGCCGACACUACUGUAUGGAGCGGAGACUUGGACGGUGUACGCAAAGCAGGCACGUCGUCUGAACCACUUCCACCUCAGUUGUCUUCGUCGCAUCCUGAGGCUAAAGUGGCAGGAUCGAAUCCCCGACAAUUAUGUGCUGGAACGGACGGGAAUCCUCAGCGUCUACGCCAUACUGAGGCAAAUUCAGCUGCGCUGGAGCGGCCACCUGGUGCGCAUGGACGACGAGCGACUACCAAACGACUCUUCUACGGAGUCGUCGCAACGGGUACUCGCCGUUACAAGGAGACCCUGAAGUCCUCCCUGAAAUGCCUGCAAAUCAACCCCACCAACUGGGAGGAGCUCGCACUCGAUCGACCGACCUGGAGGAGGACACUGAAGACAGGCGCUGCGAUCUACGAAGCCAACCGCAUCGCUGCCGCCAAAGCGAAACGUGAAUCCCGCAAAUCACAACUCCGCCCAGUAAGCAACGCCGCCGCACAACCGCUUCCAACGUGUCCUCGAUGUCGACGGACAUUCCGGGCUCGAAUCGAACUUGUUGGACAUCUUCGGAUUAACUGCGCCUCUCGAACGGCACCAACCAUCGUCCCCCCGCCUGCCUCUUCCUCCUCCUCUCCGCCGCCAACUAACCCCGACAAUUCUUCUGACCCACCACUUCCAUCAUCCUCCUCCUCCUCCUUCUCCUCCUCCUCCUCCUCCUCCUCGCCCACUGCUCCAACGGCGGCCGCUCAGGCGACUGUCCCGCGCACAGCAACCGACACUACCACCACCUCCCCCGACUCCAGGGAUGAGGAUCAGGACUACACCUGCCCUCACUGCGACCGUACCUUCACCUCACACAUCGGCCUGGUCGGUUACUUGCGAAUCCAUCGCACAGAGACUGGCGAACCAGUGUGUGAAGCACCAACCUACACCCACCGCACUCGCCUCCACUGCCCACACUGCCCUCGCACCUUCAGGCAUCGCAUGGGCCUUUUCGGCCACAUUCACAUCCACGAGAGCGGCCUUGACCGCACUCCCGACACACCCACCACAUCCAACACAUGCAUCGUGCACACCCCCACCCUCGUUCCAUCCGUCCGCGCCACCACCACCGCCUCCUCUGUAGCUGACACUGACACCGCCGACUUCUCAUGCCCACACUGUCCACGCACAUUAACCUCACGCAUCGACCUGGUCGGUCACUUGCGAAUCCAUCGUACAGAGACUGGCGAGCCAGUGCCUGGAGCACCCACCUAUACCCACCAAGCUCGUCUCAACUGCCCACACUGUCCUCGCACUUUCAGUCAUCGCAUGGGCCUCUUCGGCCACAUGCACAUCCACGACGACCUGCGGUAG